AUGACCACUCCAAACCCUACCCCCCUAAUUUACCCCCCCCUCCCCCUGACACAACCCCAACUCACCGCCGCAUUCCACACAGUCCUAGACCAAAUACAAGCAUACGGCCAACACAAAAAACGACCCUUCGCGGCAAUCCUCCAAGCACCAGACCACAAAUUCAGUUUCCUUUCUUUGAACUCUCUCUUGCACGUGCGACACGCAGAAAGAGAGCUCGCACACAACGCAGCGGACAGUCACGACUGGGCGUACCUGGCACGCUGCACACCGGUGUCGACCAGGGAGCCGUGCGCGCGACAUGCAUGGGCGCCAUAUCUACUGGGCAAUUAG